GAUGAAGUGCUGUAUUCUUUAAUGGAUGUUAAUAAAAGAAUCAGUAAAAUUGUCCAAGACACAAUUUUUACUCGUGAUUUAUAUUUACGAGAAUAUUCUCCAGUCGACGAUUCUACCUUCCCAUUAUCAAAUCCAAUACUUGAUCGAUUUUGUUCAAAAAUUUUACCUGAAAUUGGACAUACAAUUGAAACUCUUUAUCUUAAAGGAACAUGGAUAGAACGUGUUUUUCAUGCUACAAAUUAUCCUAAUUUAAUCAACCUUGGUUUAUGUGAUAUUCAAUUCAAAAUAACUAUGUCUCUGUUUCGUGAUAAAAAUCGUUUCCCGCAUGUAUACAAAAAUAAAAUUACAUCACUUUUUAUCAAUUUUAAAAAUGAAAACAAAUGGAUUGACUUGGGAGUUUGGCAUACAAUGAUAUUUGCACAAAUUUUCACUAUAUUUACUAAUUUACGAUGUUUAAAAUUCAACCCAUCUUCAUCUUAUCUUAGCGCUUUAUGUUUAUUUAUGACGCCUGGAACUGAUAUUUCUUCAACUUUAUUAGAAUUACAUGUCACUGUGUCAGAUAUAAAAGAAUGUCUUUGUAUACUUGAUGGACGUUUUGAUCAACUUCGUAUAUUAUAUGUUAUUUUUUAUACAACUUUUAAUAUGAACAAUGAGCAUAAGGAAAAGCCAUUACCAAACUUACGGAUUUUUUCUUUGUGGUGCAAGGAUAAGAUAUAUAAUUUUGAGAAAUCAGUUGUGCCACUUCUACGUCGAAUGUUAAAUUUAGAAGAACUUCAUUUAAAUAUUACAGUUCAAUGUUAUGAAAAGUUGAUUGAUGGUGAGACAUUGAAGAAAGAUAUUGUUAUUUAUAUGCCACAAUUAUAUAAGUUCACCUUUAAUAUUUGCUCAAUCAUAUAUCAUCGUAAUCAAACAAAUUUUCCAUUAAAUGAACAUAUUCAGAAAACGUUUCAAUAUUUUCCUAAUAAUGAAAUAAUUACUUGUAUUGAUAAUUUUCAAGAAAAAGCAUUUAGUCAAUGUCAUAUUUAUUCAUAUCCAUAUAAGUGGGAAGUUUACAAUAAUAUAACAAAUAAUUUUCGUGGUGGAUUAUUUAUGAGUGUUACUAAAGUAUUAUUAUAUGAUGAACAUUCAUUUGAAUAUGAAUUUUUUCUUCGAAUUUCGAAAUCAUUUCCAUUUAUGAGAGAACUAACAAUAAACAAUCGAAAAGCACAAAAUAAGAAACAAUUUAUAAAAUCAAACAAUGAUGAUCAAAUAUUACCAAUUAUUGAAUAUCCCAAUCUUCAACGACUGGAUCUUUCAGAUACUCAUGAUGAUUAUGUUGAACUAUUUUUAUUUGAUACGAAAAUAUUUUUGCCAAAUGAUCUUCAUAUUUGUACCCAUUAUCAAUCAUUGAAAACAGUGACAUACUAUUUUACAAGAUAUACAACAGGAAGUAAUUGUGUUAAACUUGCUGCUCUAUAUGUUGAUGAGAUGGAGCAAAUCAAUGAACAUAUCAAAAACUAUUUUCCUGAUAUAUGUAUACGUGAGGCUAUUGAUUUUGAAUUACUUGAAUAA